AUGGCCGCGUCUUCCGUGCGCCGCGCUGUCGUCCCCUUCAGCGCCACCGCCUCGCGGGUCCUGGCCAGGAAAUCAGUCGGCGCAUUCGUGGCGGCGACGCGGAAGACGACGAAGGCGCCGGAAUGCACGCCGGGCGUAGAGGUGUUCCUGAGCCACCGCGGGGUCGACACCAAGAGCUCCGUGGCGGGGCUGCUGUACGACCGGCUGGUGCAGAUGAACGUCCGGCCGUUCCUAGACAACCGGUCGAUGGAGCCCGGCGACAAGCUGUACGAGUGCAUCGACGAGGGAAUCCGGCAGAGCAAGGUCGGGGUGGUCAUCUUCUCCCGGCGCUACUGCGACUCCGUGUUCUGCCUCCACGAGCUGGCGAUGAUGGUGGAGGCCAACAAGAAGCUCAUCCCCGUCUUCUGCGACGUCAAGCCGUCGGAUCUCGUCGUGCUCGGCGACCCCGCCGAGCAUUCGCCGGAGGAUCUCAAACGCUACGACAGGGCGAUCGCGGAAGCCAGGCGCACCGUCGGCUUGAACUUCGACUCCAAGAACGGGAAUUGGUCGGAGUUGGUGUCGAGGACGGCCAACAUCGUGCUCAAGUGCUUGGAAGAGGAAAAGUCACGAAGACGUUCGAGACACUGA